AUGGACGACUUUACAGUCCAAAAUUCGCUCUCCGCGGUUGAACAAAGCAAAAGAACUCACGGCAACGGUCGUGGAAUUUCUGACGACGGCGACGAAACAAAAUACGAGGACGGGUUCAAGAACUACAACGAAUAUUACAAACCCGACGGAAAGUUCCCAAAAUCCAAGCAAUACGAAAAGAACGAGAAGCAAAAUACAUAUGGAAACGACACCGGAAGCACGAGGGCACAUCGAGCCCAGUAUUUUGACACCAAGCCUGGCGGACACUCUUCAGCGAAACAUAGUUCAUAUCAGUUGAAAGAAAAAGAUACUCCUUCAUCCUCCACAGAACCUAGACCAAAACUUGAAGACGCGAAAUCGUCAGCUACACCGCAGAAAGUUGAGAAGACUCACAUUACAAUAUCUGAUAAUCUAAGCACAGAUAACAACAAGAAAGACCGGCGGCUCUUGGCUUUGAAGCCUAAAAUAGUUAAACCGAUUUCUGCAUCAACAUCUCGCGUAUUUAGCAAUCUCCCUUCUCUUCAAGAUUUGGAAGGAAUUACACUAGGACCCGACGGGCAACCAAUAUCAGCGGCCGUGCAUGAUUACCAAACACAAUUGGCACUUCUAGAGGCACAGAACAAAAAAGGUUUAUACUCGCCAGGCAAUAACAAAACAACGCGACGUUAA